AUGAAGAUAUUAUUAUAUUAUUUGAUAUUCGCAAUUAUAAUAUGUUUGUUGGCGAUUUUACCAACAGGAUUUGCACAAAAUACACCAUUAAGCCUUACGAAUUCGUUGACAUCUACAAAUAUUACCCAUUCAGAAAUAUCAAUUCAGCCUAACCUUACCGGUGUUCAACCUCGCGUCUUAGGUAUCUUCCAUUAUCAAGACAGUUCGACGACGGUUGUUCGCAUCGCUCGGGAGAAUUAUGACGUUGGCAUAAUUAGGUGUUUUGAGCGUAGGCUAUUACUUCGUGUUAUUCAAGCUAAUGGAAGUAUUAUCGAAAUAAAUUAUGAUAAUCUUACUGAAAUACAAGAUAUCAAUUAUUGCUGGGUUUAUGUUAAUAAUAGUAAUACCCUUACCCCUAAACAACCCCUAAAUAUAUACCCGUUAUUUGAACAAUACAUUCUAGUGACAUACACUCAUGCCACUAAUACCUCUGAUAAUACAACUUUUACUGAUCGUGGAAUGGUUUUAGAUUGGGGUGGAAAUAUUAUAAGUAUGCUCGAAUUUGGACCAUCUUACUUGAGCCCAGGCACAAAUUGGUAUCCAAAUGACUUUAUAGUUAAUAAUAUUACUCCAAAAAAGGGUUUUUUACGUUUAUCCGGGAUUAAGGUUAAUAAUAGAAGUAGCGCUUUCGAAUGGAGACAAUACGGAUAUGUUGGCAAUGGGAUAUUCACUUUAUUAUCGAAUGACACCGUUGAAAAUUUAGAUCUUGCAACCACCAGCUUUCAAGUUAUGGUAUUUCCAACUUUAAACGAUGGAUAUGCGAUUGUAUACGCUAAUUCGACCAAUAGUGUUGCAAUUUCUGACCCGCUAUCCGACCUAUUUAAUGCUAGAGCAGGAAUAUAUGCAAUAUUAUUAACUUAUAAUCAAACAAGAACGAGUGAAAGAAUUAUUUUAUAUGAAAUAAGCACUCCUAAUAUAUCAUUCACUGCUUUGUAUUGCUUUGUCGACUACGUCGCCAUUGGUCAUUCAUGCAUCGUACCCGUACGGCGAAUAGUUCAAGGAACAUCUACUACCAAUGUCACUUAUUAUAACAUAUCUACGACUACAGUUACGGCUACACGUACGACUACACUUGUUAGUUCAUCUACAACUGCUGUUGUAGGUGUUCCCACGCAGUUUCCCACGCAAAUUCCCACGCCGAUUAACGUUUCAAUACCUGUUACAAACACUACGCCUACCAUAAUGACAUCUUAUAUUAGAAUACGUUUCCUUUCAAGUGGUUCCGUAAUGACUUUGAACCCAUUAAUCAAUAUAACUACGAGCAUCCAACCAAUGAUUAGAACACUGCCUCUUGGAGGAUACACUUUUAUACUACGACCAGCUGAUAAUCAAAAUAUUGAUUUCUCCUUUGCGCUUUUUGAUGAAGCUAAUAAACCAUCUACAUCUGUGUAUCUACGACAACCAAUUCUUGCAAAUCUAUAUGGCGCAUUUGACGUAACACGAGAUAAUACGUUGCUAAUAGCACAAAAUGAAACGACCACUUCUUGGAGUCUUCUUUCGAUCAAUUUGCCGGCUCUUUCCCCACUUAAAGAUAAUGGUUAUGGUAAUUUACAUGUGACUACGACAUACCCCCAAAGAAAUUCUACGGAUGUAACUUUGAAUACCAACGUGAUUAGCAUUACAUUUCAAGAACAAAUUUCAUUGACUUGUGAUGUUAAUACUAAAAAAUGUUCAACAAAUAAUAAUACUGUCAGUCUUGAAGCAUUUCCUUCUACCUUUAAUGAUCCGAGUGGUCAAUAUUUCAUACAAAUGGAUAAUAACUUUGUAAAGAGUGCUAUAUAUAAUGAACCCUUAUUAGGAAUUGAACCAAAUAUAUGGACUUUUCAAACAGCUAAAAAUGUAUCAUUUAAACGUUCUGGUGAUGUCCAAGGAAAAUUACUAUUAACAGUUGCUGGAUCUAAUCAGUUUAAGCAAUUAAAUGAUUCGGGAAAAUAUGAAUUUUUUACAAAUUUAAUAAAUGAACUCACAGUCAGAAUUCCUAUAUCAGUGGGAAGAUUAAGUACAAAUGGACAUACUCAAUUGGUUAACCCUUGGUCCGAUUCAGAGCAAAUCCUUAUCCCACUUUUUAUUAAAGAAUCAAGCAAUAAUAAUGAAAAACUUACUAUAGUUGCCAGAUCUGAUUUAGACACUUUAAUAAAAGAGAAACAGUUUACAGGAAUAUCGACAGGAGCAGUUACGAGUCUUUUAGAUGAAAAAUAUGGAUUUCAACAACUUGCAUCACUACGGGAGUUCUUUGAAAUACAUAGCACAAAAAUUAUUUUAUAUGUUGUGGGCUUGGUAUUAUGUUUAGCAAUUUUCAUUGGAGCCCGAAUAAAAUCACCAGAGAGCGAUAAUUUUGUAAUUCUCCAAUUGGGUAUUGCCAUAUUUAAAAUCGUAACCAUUACAAUAUUUACCUUUACUGAUGCCACAACCAUUCAAGAUCUUUUCAUACCGAGUGUAGUAUUUUUAAUGCUUCCUAUAGCAGUCAAUUUAACAUUAGCAUUUUCAAUAUUAUAUUCGGAGCAUAAUGAAGAGUUUAUUUUAUGGUUUAAAUAUCAUGGAAGAAUUGCUACUACGGUAGCAUUAUUAUCUGGUUCAAACAUUGAUUUAUUAUUAAUAUUGAAAUCGCGCUUGAUGAAAUUUAAACUUUUUGAUGCACCAUUAUCCAAUAGGUCAUUGUCAAUUAUUUUUUGGGGAGGUUGUGCUGAUGUAAUACUGGGUGAUAUUGAACAACUAAUUAUUCAGAUAUUUUAUAUCUACUAUACUAUAGAAUAUGAUGCUAUUGCGUUAUUCACUAUAAUAGCAUCAGGACUUUCAACACUUUCUAAUAUUAUUAGUAAAUUAUUCUUUAUCAAAUACAAAAAACUUUCACCUUAUCAUAAAGAGGAGGAUAAAUUAGGUAAAUCGAUUAAAGAACCUAAUGUGAACAGAUCAAUUGAACAGAAAGAAAAUUUUGAUGAACCUUAUGUGGAUAAAUCAGUUGAACAAAAAGAAACCCCUGAAGAACUUGGCGAUAAUUCGGAAGGCACUAAUGUGGAAAGUUAA